GCCUGGGCUCAAUCCCUUCUCCGCCCUCCCUGGCUUUCAAAAAGCGAGGGCGUGGUGCAGAGCCCACGGAGUUGGGUGACAAGACCGCGUAUUUGCAAGGGACUUCGGCGCCUGCACGUCAUCGUGUCCGGGCACGUUCGUCCACCCUUGUGCCUGCGGUGACGUAACGCCAUUGUGACAUCAUUCCUUCCCCUGUGAUGUAACCCGGAGGCUAGACUAUCGGGGAGUGUGGGGCUGUGGAGCCUCCUCAGGGCUCUUUGGCCCUGUUACAUCCGUAGAAUGGCUUCACCCCUUCGGGGGAAGCCCGCUUCGCCCCGAGUGGAGACCGUUCGCUACAAGGAGACGUCGACAGUCCACGUGGAGACCUCGUCUCACCGAGCGGAGACCUUUUCCCGGCUGGUACGCACGAGUUCCCGGCAGGUGGAGACCUCCCAGCGCCAAUCCCCCUCCGGGAAGCGGCUCCCUCGCGUCCUCGAGGUGUCCUCCCAGCACAUGGAAACCUCCUCGCAGCGCACAGAAACGUCCUCCCGCCAGGUCAAGGCCUCUACCCUGCGGGUGGAAACGUCUCUGCACCGUGUAGAGAGCCCUCCCCGGAGAGACAAGCCGGCAACCGUCCAGAAUGUAAAAAUGGCCCGAUGAAAUGCUUCCCAAAGGCCACGAAGGGGCCAUGGCCCUCAGCCAAGACAACAUUGCCUCCAGUUUGCAGCCACCCAGCUGCCAGGUGGACUAAUCAUCUUUGGUUUCAUGGGAACAGCCAAAAAUCAAUGUAAGAAACAACCAAGCUAUGGUUUGGAGAAUCAACCAACAUUUAUUGACCAUGCUGCACCCUGGAUCAUCCUGUUUUUGACCCAGGCAACUAUUCUAACUCGACGCCAGCACAAGCACAAAAGGUUUUCAAGUCCAUGAUACUGUAUAAAUUGAGUUGAUGGACAAAUAGGCUGCUUGAACCUCUGAGCCAGGUGGCCUCAUCUGGGCUGAUCUCCCGAGAAAUGGCUGGGAGGGACCAGGCUGCCCCUCCGUGACUUCUCCAGUGAAGCGUUCAGGCUCCGCACCCUCAGAACAAGUGGACCUGUCACAUGUACCUGCAUGUCCUGGCAGUUGGGGACACAGAGGGGCCCACAGGGAUGACAGCAGCGCGGCCUCUCUCCCUGCCCUUUGCCUGAGUGGCAGGAAGAGCUCACCUCUCAGGCAGAAAAUCCAGUCAACCCCAGUGGAUGGGUGGCCACCAGAACUCCGUGGAGUGGCAGGGACAAGGCGGGGCUGGCACUCCCACUGGCGUUGAAGGUUCUUAGGCACUGGGGGAGGCAGCUCGCCUCAAGGGAAGUUUUGCAGAUGCACUGGGGGCGCCCUGUGCUGGCAGUCGCUGCCUGCAGGUGCUGUGUGUGAUGUGUCUCGUCACUUUGGCAGGAGCCUCCGCUGUCACCUCCCGGGCCCCUCAGUUGUUAAAAGCCAGAGAGAAAGUCAGAUGUCAAGUUCUAUCCUCUUGUUUUAUUUAUACUGUUUUAAACAUUCAGCUCUUUAAAAAAUUAUUAAAAAGUAGUGCAUGCCUAUUCUAAAAUACUGGGAAAAUACAGAAGACAAUUAAGAAAAUAUAAUCCUUGAGAUCUAUAGUAUAUAUAAUUUGUAUCUGCUUUAUUCACUUAAAAUUAAAUUAUAAGCAUUGUCAACAUAACAAAAUGUUCUCCAUAAAGACUUCUAGUGACCGCAUAGGAGUGUUUUGAGUGGACACACCAUAAAUAUUUACUGUUACCUAAAUGUUGGACAUUUUAUUUUUAAGUUUUUCAAGAGCAUAAAAACACAUUG